AGCCUUAUCCCCUGUUUCAGUACCAGACUACCAGUAGUCUUCUCCCUCCCUGAAACAGAGGACCAUUAAAACCUUCCAUUUCUCACACAUUAAUCUCCAAUGGUUUACACCCUCUUCACAUCUCUAGUUCAAUCCCCCCUUCCCACUUUCUCACACACCCACAACUUAAAUCCCUCCAAAACCUUCCUCAAGCGAACCCACACACUUUUCCUCAAUGGUCACACCAGGUCAAACCACCUCUCACGGCUCAGAACCACCAGGCCGCCGCCUCAUGUCUGCUUUUCCAGCGGCGGAGGAAAACCCAGACCCGAUUUCCAAGAAAAGGAAAAUGAAGGGGGCUUGCAAAUUUUGAAGAGGUGGGAUGUGCCUUGGGAAUGGCAAACAGUGUCAUUGACAUCACUGGCUUGUGGGCUGAGUUUUGUUUUGACAGGAUUGGUAGAGGCAGCAGUUGUACCCUAUUUAGGAUUGAGCAUUCAGGAUUUGAGUCUAGAUGAGAAGGCAGAGUUUCUGUUGGUUGCUCAAGGUGUUACGACUGCAGCUAUACUUGGAGUUCUGUAUACGGUUGCCGGAAAAUUCCAACCGCUGCCUCAAGAUAUUUAUCGCUAUGAUUGGAGGGAACCUUUCAGUCUACAGAGAGGGUGGCUUUUGUGGGCUGGGAUUGGUCUUGUUGGUGCUGUAGCUGCUGUGGCAUUGACAGGGGCUGCCACGUCCUUUUUCAGUGGGCAAACCCCAGAAAGAGAGAAGGACGCUCUAGUUAGCUUGCUCCCAUUAAUUGGAUCAUCAAGUAUUAGCACUGCUUGCUUGUUAGGCAUCACUGGAGUUUUGGCUCCAAUUCUUGAGGAAACUGUGUUCCGCGGGUUUUUUAUGGUCUCCAUGACUAAGUGGGUACCUACACCAGUUGCUGUCGUAAUUAGUGCAGCUGUAUUUGCACUUGCACAUCUCACUCCUGGAGAGUUUCCCCAGCUGUUUGUGCUAGGCGCUGCUAUGGGAUUGUCGUAUGCUCAAACUCGCAACCUUUUGACCCCCAUCACAAUACAUGCUUUCUGGAACUCGGGAGUUAUAUUGCUUCUGACCUUCCUUCAGCUUCAAGGGUACGAUAUCAAGGAAUUGUUGCAGGCAACCUGAUAGGAGUAGAUUUCUUUUGCAUAUAUGAUACGGAGCAUUGUCAUAAGGGUGAAAAAAGUUACUAACUUGAAGGCCUGCAUGGAUUGUAAAGUUGCCAAAAUUUAGAAUAUAAAGGCAUUGAACCUACUUUCAGCCCUAACAAUGUUGGCACAAAACGUAAGUGGAUCAUUGGUGUUGUGAAUUGAGGAUGAGUUUGUACUUUCCAUUUUUA